UUUUUUUUUUUUAAUUCAUUUCUUUGUCAGCAACAGCCUUGGUCUCCCAGUUUGUUCUACUGGCUGCUCGCUGCUGCUUCUCCAACUUUGGCUCAGCAACUGCACCGUUUUCUCACUCUUUCCUGUCGUAUGCCUAAUAGUUUGGGGUUUUUUUACUUAAUGAAAACUUGUAGCAGAUAAAGUACAAGUGUAUGAUUUUCAUUUAUCACUUUUGAGAGUGAUACUAAAAAACUGAGAACUGAACUAGCCAAACAGUUGUCAUUGUUGCCUUUUUUUGUUUCACGGUACGUGAUCCUCUCAAUUUCAGGUCUGGUUUUCUCCGGAUGCUGCCAAAUGUGUGUAGAUCAGCAAGUGCCUUUUCUGUUAAACUGCGUGGGUUUUCUCAAUGAUGAUUUUACUCUACAAAUCGUCGCAAGACUUGAGCGGAUUCUUUGCUAGUAUAAGUCAGUCAUCAGUUGAUAUCUCUGGAGCAUCCUAAACUGUGCAAAGAGAGAAAGAAAACAUGGCAGCUGUUGCUGUUGGAAAGAAAGAAGUCACUAGAGACCUAGAUCAUUGUGAUAUCCCAUACUAUGUUUCUGAAUUUGUGGAAAGAGAAGUUGGAAAUGACUAUGAUUCUCUUAGGAAGCUAGACAGCCUUAUUGAUAAGCUAUCUGAAAAUAAAAAGCAGUUAGAAGAACAGGUACUUACAGUUUCAUCGGAAGUUCCUAAAAGAAUACAGAAUGCUUUAAAGAAUGCAGAAGAUUCUAAAAAGUCUCUGGGUCGGCUUCUAGAGGAAGAAGCUCUUCUGUCUGUUUCAGUCAGUAGCCACUUACUGAAAGCACAGCCAUGCAUGGAGGAUCUCCAUGUACUAAUUAGUCAAGUGGAAGAGAUUGAACGACACCUGGCCUAUCUUAAAUGGAUUUCACGAAUAGAAGAGUUAAGUGAUAGCAUUCAGCAAUAUCUGAUGACCAACAAUGUUCCAGAGGCAGCCAGUACUCUAGCGUUCAUGGCAGAACUAGAUAUUAAACUUCAGGAAUCAUCUUGUUCUCAUCUUCUUGCUUUUGUGAGAUCCACUGUUAAAUUCUGGCAUAAAAUUCUUAAAGACAAAUUGUCGAGUGACUUUGAAGAGGUACUAACCCAGCUCCGCUGGCCAUUUGUGGGGCCACCACAGUCUCAGGCAUUCGGCCUUGCUGCACCAGCCAGUGCUCCUGAUGUAUACAACAAUUUGGAGAUGUUGUUUUGUCAGCUUCUGAAAUUGCAAACCUCAGAUGAACUGUUAACCACACCUAAACAAUUUCCAGAAAAGUACUCUUUACCCCCAUCGCCACCCAUUAUCCUUCCAAUACAGAUCAUGCUGAAUCCUCUUCAGAAAAGAUUCAAGUAUCAUUUCACUGGAAAUAAACAAACCAAUGUUUUAAACAAGCCUGAGUGGUAUUUAACGCAAGUACUGAUGUGGAUUGGAAAUCAUGCAAAGUUCCUUGAUGACAAAAUCCAGCCAAUACUGGACAAGGCAGGAUCUUCAGUGAAUGCUGGGCUUGAAUUCUCUCGUGCUCUAGUAAUGCUGAUUUUGGAGAAGCUGGCUGCUGAUAUUCCAUGCCUGUUGUAUGAUGAUACGCUCUUUUGUCACCUUGUGGAUGAGGUACUUCUAUUUGAGAGAGAGUUAUACAGUGUUCAUGGUUAUCUCAGCAGCCUUCCCAGCUGCAUGCAUAUUCUGUCAGAAGAAUCCUGCUUCCAAAGGUGGCUAACAGUGGAAAAAAAAUUUGCUCUUCAGAAAAUGGACUCGAUGCUUUCAUCAGAGGCUGCGUGGAUAUCACAAUACAAAGAUAUCACUGAUGUAGAUGAAAUGAAAGUCCCAGACUGCGCUGAAACUUUUAUGACUCUGUUGUUAGUUAUAACAGACCGGUAUAAGAAUCUUCCAACAGAUUCCAGAAAACUACAGUUCCUGGGCUUACAGAAGGAGUUAGUUGAUGAUUUCAGGAUACGAUUAACUCAAGUAAUGAAGGAAGAGACUAGAGCUUCCUUAGGAUUCCGAUACUGUGCAAUCCUUAACGCUGUUAACUAUAUAGCAACGGUGUUGGCAGACUGGGCUGACAAUGUAUUCUUCUUGCAGCUACAGCAGGCCGAGCUGGAGGUUUGUGCAGAAAGUAGUGCUGUGAGUCAACUGCAGCUCGGGCAGCUGGCUUCCAUGGAGAGUUCUGUCUUUGAUGAAAUGAUUAACCUCCUGGAACGUCUGAAACAUGACAUGCUGACUCGUCAAGUAGAUCAUGUCUUCAAAGAGGUCAAAGAUGCUGCAAAGCUGUACAAAAAAGAGAGGUGGUUAUCUUUACCAUCUCAAGCAGAGCAAGCAGUAAUGUCUUUAUCAAGCACAGCUUGCCCGAUGUUGUUGACCCUACGAGACCGCUUGCUACAACUAGAACAGCAGCUCUGUCACUCGCUGUUCAAAAUUUUCUGGCAAAUGCUUGCAGAGAAGGUGGAUAUAUACAUAUAUCAGGAAAUAAUUAUGGCAAAUCAUUUCAACGAAGGAGGAGCAGCACAACUCCAGUUUGACAUGGCUAGAAAUCUGUUCCCUUUAUUUUCACACUACUGCAAGAGGCCAGAAAACUACUUCAAGCACAUAAAAGAAGCCUGCAUUAUCCUGAACCUGAAUGUUGGCUCUGCCUUGCUUCUGAAGGAUGUACUACAGUCAGCUUCAGAAAGUGACACGUUAAAGCCAAACCAACCAUCCGCAACAGCAGCACUAAACGAACUUGGAGUUUAUAAAUUAGCUCAAAAAGAUGUUGAGAUUCUUCUCAAUUUGAGAGCUAGUUGGCCAAAUACAGGAAAAUAAAGACUUCUUCAGGAAUGGUUAAUACAGUAACUUGGUCUAGAUUACUUAUUUCAAACAAAAGCAAAGCAAAUAAGUAUUAAUACUUGUGUAGGUUUUUUCAAUACUCUAUGCUGAAUGAUUGGUUUAAUCUAGUCUUAUACCUUACUGUAUACGGUUUUAGAAAAAUUUCAAAACACUCCUGACUUGUGUGCAGCCCCCUUGCUGCUGCAUUUGGAAGCUAAAACUGUCUUCACCUCUAAUGAAUACAUCUGCCUUGUCAAUGUUGUGUGCUGGGUAAUGUUCUAAGAAAUAGAGAGUAUGUAAACACACCCGUAUACAAUAUGGGCAACUCUUUUGUAUGAACAGGUCCACCUUCAUUGAAGCACAGAUUUUUUACAUCUUUAAGCCCCAAGUAAUGGGUAUUCUUUAUUGAAAUGUGUAUAAACAAGACACAGAAGGAAAGAAUGAAGGAAUAUGUCACUUUGAAUAAAGAAAACACACUAUUUUUUUUCUUCUGU